UGCACCAAGUACUAAACAAGGUGAUCAAGAUCAUGAAUUCCCCUGCUUUGAUCAUCUUUUGUUUCCUGCUCCUCUCAGCUUUCUCUCAUGCUGCCGUGCAAGACUUCUGCGUGGCAGACUAUUCGGGUCCCCAAAGCCCUGCAGGCUAUUCCUGUAAGAAUCCUGGAAAAGUUACAGUAGAUGAUUUUGUAUACUCGGGCCUAGGUGUUGCUGGAAAUACCUCCACUUUCAAGGCUGGUAUUACCACUGCAUUUGUGUCAGACUUUCCUGGCUUGAAUGGUCUUGGAGUUUCAAUCGCUCGUGCAGAUUUGGCACCCGGUGGUGUUGUCCCGUUACACAGCCACCCUGGGGCUUCAGAAAUCUUGCUUGUUGUGGAAGGAACAGUCACAACUGGUUUUGUCUCCUCAGCCAACAGUGUGUAUCUGAAAACUCUUAAGAAGGGAGACAUUAUUGUCUUCCCUCAAGGACUAUUGCAUUUCGCUGUGAAUGCGGGUCACUCUAACGCCCUUAUAUUUAUUACCUUUAGUAGUGAAAGCCCAGGCCUUCAAAUUCUGGACACUGCUUUGUUUGGAAGCAAUUUGCCUACCGAAUUAAUAGCUAAGACUACUUUCCUUGAUCCUGCUGUGGUUAAAAAGCUUAAGGGAGUUUUUGGAGGCUCCGGCUAAGGUCUUCUCCAGCUACAGAUUAUUAUAAUAAUGACUGACUACUAUUUUGGUUAUUUCUAAUUCUUGUACUUCUUUUAUAUAUGUUAAUGUUGGCCUUUUGGUUUCUUUGUCGUGGUUGAGAAAACCUGUUGUAGUCAAGCAUGUGGGACUUUUCUAGUCAAUGCUCUUGGAAACAUGUAUGAACCAGAAAACAUUGUCGUAUGUAGCUCAGUCUCUCUUUCUCUAAAAAGUAAAAAGAAGCCAAAACUGGUGUAUAUAUAUGUUUAUCACAACCCAAAUAAUUAAAACUAAAA